CUUUUUCAUCCUCUAGAUCAGUCAAACCCUCCAACACUUUUCAAAACCCUAACCCUAAAAUUGGAAAACUCUCUCCAUUUCAAUCUCUGAAUUACUUCAACCGCCAUGAAUCGUUACGACGCCAGAGUUGUGGACGCCGGCUCUUACCAUCAGCGUCGGAGUGAUUUUAUGGGAUUACCGCCUAUGGGACCCCCUGCCGUGGGUGCCGGGACUGGUGGUGCUGUUCCCAACUAUGUCCGCGGUGGACCGGCUCCAUUCAGAGGUCCACCAACAGGACCGCCGUCUUCCGUGGGCGGUGGAAGAGGUGUUGGAAGUGGGUUCCCUCCUUUUGAACCUGGUGUUAGGGGAGGUUUUGAUGUGGGCGCUGGUGGGCCUGUUGGUGGCAGAGGGUUCGGUUCUGUCAGGGGUGGUAGAGGCGGUGGUGGAAGGAUGAGCAAUGGAGGUUUUGAUGGUGGUAGAGGUAGAGGAGGUAGGGGUUUUGGUUCAGGUCGGGGUGGGAGCAGAGGUGGCGGUGGUAGGGGUUUUGACAGAGGGUCUCGGGGUGGUGCCCGUGAUGGAGGUAGAGGUUUUGGCAGUGGUGGACGAGGUGGAGGGAGGAGCUUUGAUGGUGGUCGUGGUGGUGGGAGGGGAGGAAGAGGUGGUGGCUCUAAAGGGGACUUGGAUAAUAUAGCUCUACCAAAGCAGGAUUUUGGCAACUUGGUACCAUUUGAGAAGAGCUUCUAUAUCGAGUCUCCUUCUGUAAGGGCCAUGACUGACCAAGAGGUGGCACUUUACCGUGGCCGGAGAGAGAUUACUGUUGAAGGUCUUGAUGUCCCAAAGCCAAUCCGAAUGUUUCACGAGGCAGGUUUUCCUGAUUAUUGUCUAGAGGUCAUUUCCAGACUGGGCUUUGUUGAGCCGACUCCAAUUCAGGCCCAAGGGUGGCCUAUGGCUUUAAAGGGAAGAGAUCUAAUUGGGAUUGCUGAGACUGGUUCUGGCAAGACUUUGUCAUAUUUGCUGCCUGCUUUGGUUCAUGUUUCGGCACAACCUCCAUUGGCUCAUGGAGAAGGACCCAUUGUACUAGUACUGGCCCCUACUCGAGAAUUGGCUGUACAGAUCCAACAAGAAGCUGGAAAGUUUGGGUCACAUUCUAACAUACGAAGCACUUGCAUAUAUGGUGGUGCACCUAAGGGACCGCAGAUUCGUGAUCUUCAAAGAGGGGUUGAAAUUGUUAUUGGCACACCUGGUAGGCUAAUAGACAUGCUAGAAGCUCGACACACAAAUUUGAGGAGAGUGACUUACCUUGUCUUGGAUGAAGCUGAUCGUAUGUUGGAUAUGGGGUUUGAACCUCAAAUCAGGAAAAUUAUCAGCCAAAUCAGGCCAGAUAGACAAACUCUCUAUUGGAGUGCAACAUGGCCUAAAGAGGUGGAGAGUUUGGCGAGGCAGUUCUUACGCAAUCCGUAUAAGGUGAUCAUUGGAUCUGCUGUUCUGAAAGCGAAUCAGUCUAUAAACCAGGUUAUUGAAGUCGUCACGGAGGUGGAAAAGUACAACAGGCUUAUCAGACUGCUCAAAGAAAUGAUGGAUGGAAGCAGAAUACUUAUAUUUGUGGAAACAAAGAAAGGAUGUGAUCAAGUCACAAGACAACUUAGAAUGGAUGGAUGGCCUGCAUUAUCCAUCCAUGGUGAUAAAAGCCAAGACGAAAGGGAUUGGGUCUUGGCAGAGUUUAAAAGUGGCAGGAGUCUUAUAAUGACCGCCACUGAUGUUGCUGCCCGUGGUCUUGAUGUGAAGGACAUAAAAUGCGUCAUCAAUUAUGAUUUCCCGUCAAGUCUCGAAGAUUACGUCCACAGGAUAGGACGUACGGGGCGUGCAGGUGCCAAGGGGAUUGCUAUUACGUUCUUCACGCAUUCAAAUUCGAAGCAUGCUCGAGAGCUCAUUAAGAUCCUUCAAGAAGCUGGCCAAGUUGUUCCUGUUGCGUUAUCUUCAAUGACCCGGUCAAUGGGUCCUGGAGGGGGAUCUGGUGGGAACUUCAGAUCAAGAGGUCGAGGUGGUUUUGGUGGCAACCGAGGAAUGAUUUCAGGGUCCAACACCAUCCCUCUUGGUUCAAAAACUCAUUGGUAAUUUUGCAGAUUGUAGAAGAAUGGUAACACUUUUCGUUCCUAUAACUGGAUUUCAAAUUGAUUAAUAGAAAAAUCCCUCGAAUUAGAGCCAGCAGGUUUAGGAAGUAUGCUAAAGUUCUCUGUUUCAAAUGGAUUAGUACUACUAGUACUGUUUGUAUUAUGUAUCGCAUCGAAAUUUUGAUUCUAUUACUGUAAAAAUGAUACUGCAUUCUGCAUAUGGACCAUUUGCCUUUGAAA